AGCAGGGGGCAGUGUGCGAUUCUCCGUUCAAUCGGAAAGAGGAAAAGGCGCACGUGCCUUUUUGAGCCUCUUCGGCCGCCGUCGGCGUGUAGAGGUAAACAUGGAGGCGUGCCGAACGGAAUACUGCACGCUGUGGGAUCAGAAGAACCAGUCCAAGUUCCUUUGCUACUCGCGAACACAAAAUGGACUUUCCAACAUCUGUUUGACAGAUGCAGCCGACGUCUGGAGCACGGAGCACACGGAGGACACGUUGGACCAGUUUAGACAGACGUUUGCCUUGAGGUCUACAGAGGACUAUAUUCUAAAACUCCGGGCGGCCUGUGCACGAGGGGAGGUGUCCGUUGUGGUGCACAGUGACAGUGCAGCGGUGCAUGUGCGCUCCGGGUCAGGUGACCAGAGCUUGACCCUGUCCAGGCUGGAAGGCCCGCGGGCCACACAGGAAGUGAAGGAGCAGCUGUUCAGCAUGGCCGACCGCCUCACUCAGCCAGAGAUCCUCCUAGAUGGAUCCGCCUCUGUCAGUCCAGUGAAAAGUCACCGUAGGCAUCCUGCAGAGUUUAAACCCCAUCAGCAGACCUGGACUUCAUCAAAGACGAUGAAGAAACGACUUCCAGGGGCUUCCCUCAUCAACCCAGGAGCUAAAAGGUCCAACAUGUCCAACAGGCUCUAUUCCCUCCUCCUGUGUGUAGUUCCCUCUGAUUAGAAGAGAUUUUAAUCAUAUUCAUAUCAUAUUUCCACCUUUUGCAGGUGUGCUUUAGUCUUGUGGCAGUUGUCCAUGUCCUUGACAUCUCCCUGAUGAUGUCUCAGGCCUCUGAGGGAACAAGCUGCUUCUAUUCUCGCGUGCUUUCCUUUUUGAGGCUUAUUCUAACUAUUUGCUUUUGUUUGUAACUGAUUCUCAUGUUUCUGUAAUUGUGCUAAUUGUCCUCUGAACAUCUCAAGGGUUCUUCCUAAUAAAUGGUCUCCUCUGUUGUGGUUUGUGUGGAUGCUGCAGGAAGCUGCAGGCGACGGGCGUGGCCUUCGACGAAGAGGAUGAAGACUGAUCCUCCAGAUGACGUUCAAACAUGUUCUUUUAAUUCACAAACAAAUAUUAUGACAUUUAAAAAAAAACUUGCCAAGCAUAUCAAUAGAAACUAGGCAAUAAUAGUUAAUGGUACUUUAAUCUGUCAAUAUAUGAACUAGUAUGUUUUAAAUUAGGUUGGAUUUAAUUAAAUCUACAAAUGAAAUAGAUUUCAAAGAAGGUCUAAAAAAUGUGUAAAACUAGUGGUAUUCUUCAGGAAUGUGAUGGAGGGGAUUCUGAUUCACACAAGUUGAUGCAGGAGUGUAUGAAACCGUCUCUUAGUUGUAUAUUUACUCUCUUUGGGAGUGAAAUAAUGUUAUUUUCUAUUAUGUCCUCUUUGGGAGUCUGUUUGCAUCCAAAAAAUAGGUACGAAUCCAUAUGAAAUAUUGAGUUGAUGAUUGUGCAGUAUUUGUCGAGUUGGCUCUUUAUAGGAUAUUCAGUUUAGUUUCUGUCAGGGUCUUAAAUAUGUCUUGAUGAUUGUACUUUCAUUUAUAAUAAAAUUCACUCAUAUUUCACCA